AUGGAUAGGGACUGGCACACAAGAAGCCACACACUCAGCCAACCCCAGCAGAGGCCAAGGAUCCUCAGAGGGCGCCCAGCAGCCACUCCGCAUCUGGUGGUGGAGGUCGGAGAUGGCGGGGGGGGGGAGGCGGCAGAGAUCCGCGCGGCUUUCCAGCCGAGCGCAGGAGGAAUGCCAUCCAGCCCAGUGGGUGCUGGCCGCUGGUGGGACCUGGGCUCUGGUCUGAGGCAGAGCCACUGGGCCCCCCAGCCCCUGCAGAGACAGCCCUCCCUCCUCACUUCGGGGGACUGGCACCGGCAGGAAGUCAUCAAGAGGCCCCGCCACCCAGCUGCUCGAGCUCUGCAAUAG